AUGAAGCUCCAAAACGCCACGCACAUUCACGAAGGGCUAGGCGUGCACAAUGCCAAGCACCCGCACACGCCAAAGGUACCAGAGCUCGGCCUCUUUCCCAGCUUCCAGCUUGAAGCUGUGGCCGCUUUGGGGUACGCCAUCGCCAUUCCCCUCGGCGUGUGCUUCUUGCUGUGUGCGUGGUGGCAUUUGCACGGCAAAGCUGCUCAUCGACGCACCCUGCACCAAGAUGCCGUCGCGUACGACGCUGCGGUGGAGAAGCUCGCCAUGAUCGCCAGACAGCAACAUCUCGCUUCGGAAGAGGGUGGCGGGCAGUCUUCUGCUCGACGCGAACGUCAUCGAGCCAUGACGCACGCUGCUCCAUUCUUUGAACACGGCGCGCCGCGGCUGCACGCUACAGUUUACGGCUCGCAGUCAUCCUCUAGCGGCAGGUCAAGUCCUCGAGGAGCAUUCCUCAACAACAACAAUAACAAUAACAAGCAUCACAGCCACGACAGCAUGUCUACCAUAGGAGCGCGAUUGCUGAGAGACGACGUGCCGAGAGAACUCGUCAACGAUCACUCUGCCGGCCCUCGAGCCGUGCGAAGAGAAGCGUCUACGACACGAUUGGGACGCCAGCCAAGCUUUAGAUGGCGCGGGCGCGAAGAGCAGCAGGCAUGGCCCAACAAUCCCGCUGAUCGCAACAAGCACGUUCCGCUCCAGCGCAACGCUAGCGUGAGGAGCAAUAUCAGCGUCUCUACAAUCAGGGGCGUUCGCACCGUCCGUGGCGCACCUCAACCGCCAACGACGUACGCACGGCAAGAGGGUACCGGUGGCAUUCCAGCUGCCAUGAGAUCGAGCCUUGUUGAUACGUCCAGCGGACUGCAAAGGACAAUGAGCACCAGCAGGGGAGUCAAACGCUCGCCCAUGCCACCGUCUGCGCGCAACGCCGUCUACGAAAGAGCAAUGCAGCACGCGCCUAGCAGCAGCCAAAUCACUCUCACUGGACCAUCAACCUCAAAGAGGUCUUUGGAUUGGUCCCCCACUCAAUCGCAAGGGAACACGCAAUCCCAAGGAAACACGCAGCUGCACAAUCCUUGGCCGCAGCAGCGUGCGGGCGCUCGGCCUUCAGCAGAUGGUCCGUGGAGGUUCGGCAGCAUCAGGUCUCGCAACGGUGGCGGCGGCGGCGGCAGCACCGGUGCCGCGCGCUUCAAUCGAGAUAUGGAGAUGCAAGAUGUUCGCGACGCCGUGGACAGAAUAGGACGAGGAGGAGGAGGAGGAGGACCAGAAGUGCAAGUCACGCCCGCAAGUGUUGCGCAACCUCGCCACAAGGCUUCCCAAAGCGAUUUCGGAGUAGUGAGCAGCAGCUCAGCUCAUAGUCUUUCGAGACCACGCGCAUUGUACGUGCGCGAAGACCAGCCGCGCAGAGGUAGCGCGGGCAGCGGAAACAGCACAGACUCUCGUCCUACGCCCAUCGCUUCGCCUAGCCUCGCUCCCCUUGCUCCGUACCUCUUCAACGGCGCCAACCACGAAUGGAUCUCUCCGCUAUCUUCGCCAGGCCAAUCGAUAGAUGUGCCAGGCUCCGAGAGACGCCCGCAUCUACCUUUUACGCCCGACACGAGGCUCAACUUCUUGUAG